AUGGCAAAAGUAGCACACGUAUCUAAACUGAAACGUAUAGCGGAAAUUUUAUCUCCAAAUUACAAACCUUCAAUUUAUCAAUUAGAACAACUUUUAAGAGAUGAGAAUCAAGUUUUAGAUUUAUUAGCAGAUAUCGAAGUUAAGGGUUCUUUCAUCACUGAAGUGACAGUGAUUGCAUUGUUUACUACAAGACCUGGGAUUUCUUUGUUAAAUUGUUUAACUGAUAAUUUUGGUAUUGAUGAAGAUAAUAAAGAUUUUAAUCCAAAUUCUUUGUUACCAAGAAUGCCACAACUAGCUCUAAAAUGGAUGCAUGAUGAAUUGAUAUUAAUCAAAUUCUUGAGAUUUAUUAUCGAUAAUAGAAAUAUGGAUAUUAAUUUUAAAAAUAAAAAUGAUAUAUUAUCUAAGUUACAAUUAGAUUUUUUGAUUAAAAACGAAACUUCUGAUUUCAUUUCAUUAAAUUUAUUGACUAAUGAAGUUGAUGUAGUUAGAGAAUAUUUAACUGCCAUUUGGCCAAAACUUAAGAAUAUAAUCAAAAUAUCUCUAAAUGGCGAAAAUGAAUAUAUUGAUUGCGAAGAUUCAUUUUUUGUUAGAACAAUUUUAAGUUAUAAAAGGUUAUACGAAACAUUACUUCAUUUUGAAUUUUAUGAUUAUUCUAGUAUGAAAACAAACGGUUCUGACAUAUAUGUAAAAGCACUAAUGAAACAUCUGACAGGUCUGUCAAAUUUCAGUUUUCAAUUAUUUAAAUUAUCUGGUUAUUUUUAUAACACAAUUGAUAACCAGAGUUACAAUCCAUCAAAAUUCGGUUUCAUACCACUUUCAGUAGAUCCAGACGAUGGCGAAGUUGAAGAGAACCAAGAAACUGAUAACAUUUUACAACCAUCUCUAUUAGAUUUCCCUGAUUUAAUGAACGAAACUGCAAAAAGACAUCUAGCUUUAUCAAAACUGAUCAUUGACUCAAAGUUGGAAAAGCAAAUAUCUAAUUCACCUUUGUUACAAAUCCAAUAUAAAACUUUACUGGCUUUAAUAGAUCCACUUACUCAACCUGUGCCGAAUGACACCCAUGUUAUCUCAAUUGAUUUACUAUGCAAUAUGUUCUUAGGAUUAAUGAAACCUUAUAUUGAUAAUCAACUCAAUAAUGAUGAUGGUGUAGAUUGGAGAUUUCACAUUUGUUUCAACAUGCAGCAAAUAAUUAUUGCAUCAUUAUUUGUAUUGAAUUGUAAUGAUUUUGAAAGACUUGGUACUGUCGAUGAAUCAAAGGAUUGGAGGUCACAAUUACAUUUAUGGCUUCCUCGUGGAUUAAAUACACAGAAUUUGGAAUUGGUUUACAUGUCGUGUAUUUUAGCUGUUUACACAAUCUACAAACUUUAUAGUGACUCUCCUGUUCACUUCAACCCAUUUUUAUCAUCAUUAAUUUCUUUAUGGAAAUCAUUGACAUGCGUUGUUCUUUACGGUUUACAAAUAGAUCGUUUAGAAGAGUCCAAUCAAUCAUUUGAUACUCCUAUUAUAGUUCGUGCAACUAUAAGAGGGGCAGCUGCUUUGCGUUCCAUAGUCGCUACGGUUUUAAAUGAACAGAUGGAAUUAAAAAGGCAUGAUUUUAUUCAUGAAUCGUUAAAUACAUUUAUGUCGCCUCAUGGUAGAAAACUUUGUGAUGGUGCCUUAUAUGCCGAUUUGAAGGCAUAUACUGCAUCUAUUUUGGCUUUAGGUGCAGAAUUCCAAGAAGUUACAGAUUUAGUGUCAUAUUUGCAAGCUGGCGAUCAGUUUGAUGAAGAUGUCAAAUAUAUGUUUGAAUAUGAGUAUGAAGAUUACAAUGAAAUAUAUGAGGAUAGCUCAAAUGAGAAUGAAGAAAACGAAGAAAUUGAUUAUGCGUUUAAUAAAAGAAGAUGUAAUUGUAUAUUCAGUGAUGACAAUCUUAUUGAAGAAGAAGAAGACGAUGAAGAAGAAAGUGAUGUGGAGAAAACAUCUGAUAUCGAUGGAGAAAUAGCGACAAAAUCAAAAGAACAUACAGAAAAGACCAUUGAAUCCGACUCUGGCUUAUCGAACCAGCUUUCAAAGCCUCACGCUGUUAGAUCCAAGAGUAAUUUUGAAUUUGACUAUAGCGGUAAAGACUGGAGAGAUAUACCGCGUGAAUAUAAUCUUUAUUAUUCUCCAUUCUAUAAUUUUAUAGAUCGUCCAGAUUUGAAUACAGUGUUUGUAUUGACUUUGAAGGCAACUUCCGAAAAGUUGACAAAAGAAGAGGCUGCUUUGCUUUUAUGUAGUGUCGCCUCUACUGUUAAGAAUGAACAAGAUCGUAUGAUAUUUGGCAAUUUAUUAGAACAAGAUAAAUCUUCAACUGCAGAUGAACAUGAGGAUACAAAGAAGGAAGCCACGCCUGAUGAUAUAUACGAAAUUUGGUGUGAGGAAUCUGCAUUUGAAAGAAUACUCCACUUCAACCCCGACUUAGCUUGGAAGCUAAUGGAUGAAAUGUUAAUGUGUAGUGGGUAUAGAAGAGUACUAAUCUGGUUUAUCACACAUAUGGAAUUGAGCCAUUCAUUAAUAAUUUAUAUUUUUGACCUGAUGAUGGGAAGUAGAGGAAUAAAUAAGACCGACACAAGUAAAAAUGUUAAGAGUACCUUCAUUACUGAGAAUAUCUCAGAUUCUAACAGCAACAGUUUGAAAUUUUCAAGAAUGGGUCAUCUGAAAUUAUCCGAGCUAGAAACAAGAAUGAUUUUACAAGAAUUAUUUACCAACGCUGCGAUAUAUUUUUCUGACAAAGCUAGGAAGUCCAACCAAUCUAUUUUAACUCCAGAUUAUUCUACAGAAGAAGAAGAAUUUGACGAGGAAAAUGAGGGCGGAUACUCUAUAUAUUCUGUUGGGUUAAUGAAAUUAAUUUGUAUAAUGGUUUCAAAAUUGAUUGAGAAUAGCAAAUUCAAUGUAAACGAAUCAGAUUGUGUCUUUGAAUUACAAACUUUGUUAAUGGGAUGGAUUUCAAUCUUACCUGAGGCAAAAGAAUUGUCAUUCAAGAUCAAUUCAUCUUUAAGCGAAUUUUCCCAUGUAGAAAAUUCAGAACUAGCUAGUAUAGAAGGUGCCUCAACCAAAUCUCAUAAACAAUUAGUCGACAAAAAUUCAGAGAGCUAUAAAUAUAAUGAAAUAUUGUUAAAACUAAUUCCGCCAACUUUUGGAGGUAAAGAGGAAAAUAUCAUUUUUAAUACAUUUAGAGAUUACAUUAAGGAUUACUCAUUUGACUCAGAAGUUUCUACAAUGUGUAGAAAGAUUAUUCAUCAGUCCGACGAAAUCUUGCCCUUGCAAGACUCCGAAAAACCAUUUAGCUUUCACGACUAUUUAACUGAAUAUGGCAAAGCUGUAUAA